AUAAACACUCAAGUGUAUUGCACGUGCAUUAGCAUGUGCUUGCCAACAAGUGGCUUCCACUAUCAACGUUGCAUCUCUUCCUUUCCCCCCACUCUCUCUCUUGUUUGUUUUGUCCUCGGUCACUGUUGCACACUCAUUUUUUUUAUUUUCUACAUUUCUGUCUUUUUUUUUAAUGGAAUUAAUGAUUCUCGACCCGUCUAUCAUUUCCAACGACUAUUCAACAAAAACAUUAUCGGUACUCCCUCGAAGAUAAACAGUCAUUUUUUUCUUCCCCCGUCGAUGCUUCUUCUCUGGAAAUACUCCGCAGCUGUACUGUGUUAUGCGGGUCGCAGAAACAUUUUAAUGGUGUCUCCAACUCCAAGUAAGUAAAGAAAAGAAAGGAAUUGUCUGUUAAAUGGAAAAAAAGUCCUGACAUUUUUCUUAGCCAACAUGGUAGCUAAUCAGCCGACCUCUGCAAACUUUGAAAAGACUUUCCUUGACUUACCCUGGCAAGAUGUCUUAUGGAAGCAAGUGCUACCAUAUCUCAGCAUCAAAGAUCUCUUCUCUUUGCGCUUGGUUAAUUCUCAUUGUAAAAGACUAGCUGAAGGUUAUUUCAGCUCACUAAAACAACUAGAUAUAUCUACCGUCUCAGAUCAAAUCACUUUGACAGCCUUCAACAUUAUCAUAGAAAAUACUCAGAAUUUGACAUCACUCAAUCUCAAGAAUUGCACUCAGUGUGCCUGUGAAGACACUCUUGUUUACCUCAUUGAACGUAACCCCCGUCUUUCAAAAGUUUCCUUCAAGAAUUGCAAUGCCCUCUCUGACUGUGUGUUGCUGACACUGUCCACCACAUGUCUUCACCUCACACAUUUGAACCUCUCCCAUUGUACAUGGUUACACAAUGUUGGGCUGGUGACAAUAGCCUUUAAAUGUCACUCACUGAAAUAUCUCAAUAUCAAUUCCUGUUUCAAUAUUACUGAUGAAAGUAUUCGAAUUUUGGUUUUCAACUGUCACAAAUUAACCACUCUGAAGUUCAGCGGUGUUUACAAUAUAACUGAUUAUAGUAUUGAGAUGGUCAGCAAGGCUUGUCCAGAAUUGGUCCACUUGGAUAUUCAAGGUUGCUAUCGGUUAACUGAAGCUUGUGUUAAAUUCAUUAUGACAUACUGCAAAUCCCUACAAGUACUCAAGGCUAAAAACUGUCAGCAUAUUAGUGAGCGAUGUCUGCUGGGUCUUGAUGAAUCCAUUAGUGUUGAUGUCCUACAUGAGACCCUCUCACGAAAGAAAAUACCACGGAUCACGGACCAAAUUUGAACUCGGUAUUUGAUUUUCUGUCUGAUGUUCAGGAAAGUCCUUGUAAGAAAUGAUUCUCCACAGUUUGACUUAAUGCACUGAGUUGAUGAUAAUUGGAAAUGCUGUACUUAUUGGGGUAUAAAAGUUAUCUAAUUGGAGUGUUGUAACUAGGAGUUUUAGGGAUCUGGAAUGAUAAUGAACACCACAUAUUUCUUUUAAUCACAAUUUUGCUGGUGGUGGACCUUUUAAAAUGUAUCAACAUUUUGAUUAUAUCCAUGACUCUCCAAUUGGAUUCUCAAAUAGUGCACCAAGAAUUUUAUAUAUAGUGAUUUAUCCUGUUUUGUUUAAAUAUUAUUGUUGAUUGUAAACAUUUAAGCAUAAUGGUAGCUGUUGCCAACUACAUAGCAAAAAACAUUUUUGUAAGCCUUAAAUUAAUGGCUUAGUGUUGGAAUGUCCAAAUUGAAAGUAAAUGGUACAAUACCUAUCGAUUAUUAUUGGAUUUUAUGUAUUUAGCUGAGAAAGUUAGUAUGAAUUGGAGAUAUUGAUUAUAUGUCAAAAAGAGGUGUGUUUGUGUAUAUGAAACUGCAAUGGGUUGUGUAAAAAAAAUUGCCUACUUAAGUUGUAUUAUGGUAUUAGUUGAAGAAAAAAAUCAUCAUCAUCAUCAUCAAAUAUCUGUCUUCCAUGCUAGCAUGGG